AGCUGUCAUCUUAAAUGGUCUCGCUGGGCCUGUCAGAGGUAAAUCUGGGGAAGGAAAAGGGUAGAAUCAGGACGUACAUAAGUUCACCGGAGUCCCUCCCCCCCGGCCUCAUUGGGACAAAUCCGUUAAUAUUCUUUCACUCCUUCAUUUCUUCCCCUUCUUCCUUUCCUUACUUCCUUUUUGGCCUUGCUUUCUUCCUUUCUUCCCUACUUCAUUACUUCCUUACUCUUUCCUUACUCGCUUUCUACGCGGAUACCAAUUACCGCCCACCGCAACACUUUACAGCACCACAAUUCUAAUGUCGUUUCCUUCGUUCUAAGGUUUCCUUUUAUUUCCUUCCUUCAAAUAUUUCCUCUGUUUUGUCCACAGUAAUGGGCCACCGGCCCAGGCGGCAGAGUUCAUUUCCUCCUCCCCUUUCUUCCAACCUCUGUUAAUCCCUCACUAAUUCUCCCCCGCCCAUAAGAAAUGUUUACUCGCCGAUGCUGGACACAUAUUCUAUUCUCGCUCUCCAUUCCAUUGUUCGCUAGCGCCGCAGAAAUUGGCUAUGGCCCGCUAUUCGAUCCCUGCGGGGAUAAUUGCCAGACACAGAUGGUGCAAUUCUGUACCGUCGGCCACGACCUCGCCCAGAUGACGGAUUGUUGGUGCGGAGAGGACGCGGGGGAGUACGUUAGGAGGAUGGAUGCUUGCUUGAGCACGUGCGAUCAGGCGGUGAGUAACCGCUCUGUACAACGGGAUCAAAUGGUUCGCUACCGCAAGAUUGUCUGCGAGGGACAGAGGGGAAAGACGGCUGUCGCCGAUACCCUUUUCGCAGAGUACUGGAAGACCAGAUUUCGGAGAAAGGGCGAGAACUUUGUGCCGGCUGUGACAAACAAUAUACCACCACCGACCGCUGAGCCAGUAGGUAUCACGCGCAGUGACGACCGAGUUUCAGAGAGCAAAUCCAUAUCACCGCCGACAAGCAUCCCGGAGACUUCUUCAGUGUCUAGUGAGACUAGGAGUCCCGUUUCCCCUUCUCCGACUCCGCCUCCGGUGACAUCUACCCCGGCCGCGUCGCCACCACUGUCUUCAUCCCUAAUUACCCCCACUACAUCGCCGGGUUUAACCUCUACCAGGAUCUCCCCAGCACCACCCGUGGCAUCCUCAAUCCCGAGUAAAUCCCGCCUGACAGCAGGGCAGCUUGCAGCCAUCAUAACCUCUGCCGUGUUGGGGUCCCUCUUGGUGGUGUUGUCAGUUGUCUUUUGUCAUCGCCGCCGCGCUAAUUCCAAGCCAUUCUCCUUCCUCCCAACUCGCCCCCGUUCCCGUCCUCGUCCACGGGUAACUACUACCCAACAAUCAUGGUGGUCCCGAAACAUUGAGGCAGCGCUCAACAACCCGCAAUCGCCCAUUUCCACCAUCCUCCCAAGACACUACCGCCCCAAGCCCCAGACCCCACCGUACGCCCAGCCGAGCUUUCCUCCCCCCAGGCAGACAUACAGCCACACCAUAAUCCCCGUUCCACCAUCACCCUCUUCAAGAAGCUCCUCUACAAGGAUUCUCGCCCUAUCCACCGCUACCCGUUCCCGCUCCCGAGACCGAAUCUCGGAGCACACGGUCAUUGAGCCACAACCACAGGAGGCAUUAGCGGAGCUCUCCGGAACGCGGAUGUCAGCCGCUAGCUCGCAAACCGAUAUUAGUUCUGCAAGUUGCUCCUCGUGGAGCGAGCGGAGUUGGGUGGAGAAUGAUGAUCCAGGGUGGCGGUAGAGAUUAUCUCCCGUUCCAGCCUUGGCCUUUUUUUCUUCUUUCGCAUUGGGCGGUGUUUUUCUGUUUCUUUUUCGGUCUAGAAUAGAGGUUUAGUUAACCAAUUUGUAUAUAUGCAGGCAAGGUAGGAACCUUUUCCGGUUGGGAGUAUACUUGGGGCUAAAUUGUAUUUAUACGGCGCAUUAAUGGGUGGAGGGGCUAUAUGUUGGGCGGGGAGUGUCGAACUUUCACUUGUUAAAAAUUUCCUUUGUUCAGGGCGCAGCAUGCGCUGGUACGAUGCCGCCCGGUACUGUACCCUUAAACUAGAUCUAAUUGAUAGCGCAAAGAUGACCCAA